UUUCAUUACAGCAAAGUUUAGCUUCUAUCUCCGCCAGUGUUCAAGGACCUGCCUACUUACCGGUUUUAGAUCGGUGGGUGAAAAAAAAUAGUUGGAUAGAAAAAGAAAGAUAGAAGGUGAGGGGUUUUGUGUGAGUUUAGCGGAGAGAGCGAGAGAAACUGAGAGUCAGCAGCAAGCGAGAUACAGUGAAGCCCGUGUGACCGUUAAUUUCAUCCACACCGUCUUGGUCGUGCGUUAUUUGGUAAAGAAAUACUGCUGCAACAUCACCUCCGGUCCACCGCGGAGUACCGUACCGGUAAAACACAGGAACCCGAGGAAGUAUAAUCCAUGCCUACUUUCGACAUGGACCCGUAUGACGGAGAUGAAAACGAUUAUAUGCCUCAGGAAGAUGACUGGGACCGGGAUAUGCUGUUGGACCCGGCGUGGGAGAAGCAGCAGAGAAAGACGUUCACGGCCUGGUGCAACUCCCACCUGAGGAAAGCAGGAACGCAGAUCGAGAACAUCGAGGAGGACUUCAGGGACGGACUGAAACUCAUGCUGCUGUUGGAGGUCAUAUCAGGAGAGCGCUUGGCCAAACCAGAGAGAGGGAAGAUGAGAGUUCACAAGAUCUCCAACGUCAACAAAGCUCUCCACUACAUCACCAGUAAAGGAGUCAAGCUGGUGUCCAUCGGAGCUGAGGAGAUCGUCGACGGCAACGCUAAAAUGACCCUGGGAAUGAUCUGGACCAUAAUCCUUCGCUUCGCCAUCCAGGACAUCUCUGUGGAAGAAACAUCAGCUAAAGAGGGUCUUCUUCUGUGGUGCCAGAGGAAGACUGCUCCUUACAAGAACGUCAACAUUCAGAACUUUCACAUUAGCUGGAAAGAUGGGUUGGGAUUCUGUGCUCUCAUUCACAGACACCGUCCAGAGCUCAUUGACUAUGGCAAGCUACGCAAGGAUGACCCCAUGACUAACCUGAACACAGCCUUUGACGUGGCAGAGAAGUACCUGGACAUUCCCAAGAUGUUGGACGCUGAGGAUAUCGUGGGCACGGCCCGCCCGGAUGAGAAGGCCAUCAUGACCUACGUAUCUAGCUUCUACCACGCCUUCUCUGGUGCUCAAAAGGCGGAGACGGCGGCCAAUAGGAUCUGCAAGGUGUUGGCUGUCAACCAGGAGAAUGAGCAGCUGAUGGAGGACUACGAGAAGCUGGCUAGUGACCUCUUGGAGUGGAUCCGUCGCACCAUCCCGUGGCUGGAGAACCGUGCUCCAGAGAACACCAUGCAGGCGAUGCAGCAGAAGCUGGAGGACUUCAGGGACUAUCGACGUCAACACAAACCCCCAAAGGUCCAGGAGAAGUGCCAGUUGGAGAUCAACUUCAACACCCUGCAGACCAAGCUGAGGCUGAGCAACAGGCCUGCCUUCAUGCCCUCCGAGGGGAAGAUGGUGUCGGACGUCUCUAACGCGUGGGGCGGCCUGGAGGGGGCGGAGAAGGGUUAUGAGGAGUGGCUCCUUAACGAGAUACGUCGGCUGGAGAGACUCGACCACCUGGCUGAGAAGUUUCGUCAGAAAGCAGCCACCCACGAAGCCUGGACGGAAGGUAAGGAGGAGAUGCUGCAGGCGCGGGACUUUGAGACGGCCUCUCUGUCUGAGAUCAAGGCUCUGCUGAAGAAACACGAGGCCUUCGAGAGUGACCUGGCCGCGCACCAGGACCGCGUAGAGCAGAUAGCUGCCAUCGCUCAGGAGUUAAAUGAGCUGGACUACUACGACUCACCCAGUGUGAACAGGCGAUGCCAGAGGAUAUGUGACCGAUGGGACGCCCUAGGAGCCCUGACCCAGAAACGCAGCGAAGCUCUGCAGGAGGAUCUGGAGACCAUAGACCAGUUGUAUCUGGAGUUUGAUAGUUCACACAACUGGAUGGAGGGAGCCAUGGAGGAUCUGAGGACAGGUUAGUUAGUUAGUACUGUAGAGGAGAUACAGGGUCUCAGUACAGCCCACGAGCAGUUUAAAGCCACUCUCCCUGAUGCGGAUAAGGAACGCGGUGCCAUCCUGGGCAUCCACAAUGACAUCGCCAAGAUAGUGGCCACCUAUCAUGUGAACAUGGCUGGCACCAACCCUUACACCACCAUCAACCCUCAGGACAUCAACGCCAAAUGGGACAAGGUGAGACAGCUGGUUCCCCAGAGGGACCAGGCUCUGAUAGAAGAGAACGCCCGGCAGCAGAACAACGAGCGUCUCCGCAGGCAGUUCGCCAACCAAGCCAACGUCAUCGGGCCCUGGAUCCAGACCAAGAUGGAGGAGAUUGGUCGUAUCUCCAUCGAGAUGCACGGAACCCUGGAGGAUCAGCUGACCCACCUCCGCCAAUACGAGAAGAACAUUGUCAACUACAAGCCAAAGAUCGACCAAUUGGAGGGAGACCACCAACUGAUUCAGGAAGCUCUCAUCUUCGACAACAAACACACCAACUACACCAUGGAGCAUAUCCGUGUGGGCUGGGAGCAGCUCCUGACCACCAUCGCCAGAACCAUCAACGAGAUCGAGAACCAGAUUCUGACGAGGGACGCCAAAGGCAUCAGCCAGGACCAGAUGAACGAGUUCAGAGCCUCCUUCAACCACUUCGACAGGGACCACUCGGGCACUCUGGGGGCUGAGGAGUUCAAGGCCUGCCUGAUCAGUCUGGGCUUCGAUAUCGCCAACGAUGCACAGAAGAAAACAGGGAUGAUGGAAGCGGAAGACUUCAAAACCUGCCUUAUCUCCCUCGGUUACAACAUGGGUGAAGCGGAGUUCUCUCGCAUCAUGAGCAUCGUGGAUCCCAACCGGGUGGGCGUGGUCACGUUCCAGGCCUUUAUUGAUUUCAUGUCCCGAGAGACGGCCGAUACUGACACCGCUGACCAGGUCAUGGCCUCCUUCAAGGUCCUGGCUGGGGACAAGAACUUCAUCAUGGCUGAUGAGCUUCAGUCAACAGCAGAACUACAAUCAUCUGAGUUGCCUCCUGAUCAGGCAGAGUACUGCAUCGCGCGCAUGGCGCCCUACAGAUCAACAAGCAUCUGGCAGGGCACAGAACUACAAAUCAUCUGGCACGUCAACAGCAGUCAACCCCGGCGCCCUGGACUACAUGUCCUUCUCCACCGCUUCCUACACCAGAACUUCACGGAGAGAGUGACCUCUGAGUGA